UUGAGUUGGCGGGUCAUCAAGCAAAACUUAAACCGCUGGUUUUGCGUAAAAACGUCUCCGUAAAAAAAAUGUCAGUUUUAUAUCAUGCUGUCUUCUCGGUCGAGUUUUAACGUUGUUCCAGCAUUGAAAACGGUACUUUGACGGUCUGUUCGGCGACACGGGAGAGAAGCAUCCAGACAUGUCGCUGCUGUCCUCGGUUGAGCAGGUCGUGAAGCUGUACAAGGCCGAACAAACAAAGAUUAAUGACAGCGUUGAAGUCUACAGAGAACUACUGCGGAGCCUAACCCCACAACCCAAGAUGAGCUCUGAGGAGUCCGAAUUAACAGAAGAUGCUGCAACAGACACUGAUGCCUCACCAGGGGAGAAGGAAGAUAUAGAACUGCUUGAGCGAGCUUUGCAGAAAGCCCUUCGGGUUCGUACUGGCUCAGAACCUUCUAAAAAAGAUUCUGGUGGAAACAAACUAUCUGGAGCUCGAAAGGAGCACAGCAUUUCAUCUGUCACACCAGUGAAUGCAACACAUUCAUGUGCAGCAGCUAAAGGAAGCCAACCAACAAGCAUGAAAUCAGCCUUUAAAUCUGCCAAUCUUGACAGAAAACGGCACAAAAAGCUUGGAUUAUGCUCCGCGCUGAACUCAAGACCUUCAGCUAGCUCCAACCCUGGACAGUCCAAAAGCACACAUAAUAAAAACCUCAUCCAAAGCCACCCUUCCUCAUCAGCUGAGGCUGCGCAUCAGCAGGCUUUCAGGAAACUGCAGCAGGCUGCCUCAGCGUCUGGCUCUCCUCCUCACAUGUCAGCAUCGCUCUCCAAAAGCAAGACUGUUGGAAGCAGCUUGCUGAGCGGUGCUGACCUGAGCAGAGCUGCUUCUGUCUCCACACCUUCUUCAAGUAACACAGAGCCUUGUCCACACAGGUCAGGGGCUGGCGGUGUGCUUCAGCAGAACGGGAGCCCCUGUGAACAAGCAGUAAAAUGGAAAUCUUUAAGGAGCAAGCAAAACAGGUUGUGGGACAAAGUCACAGCCCUGCAGAGGAAGCCUGUUCCAGGGAGGAGUCACUUCAUGGAGAGAAUGAGAGCUCUGGUAUCCUUCCUUUUUCUAGUGUCGCCAGUUAAAUUUCCCACCGAGUGGCCGAGUGGUCGACCCAAUCAGACCAGAGCUCUGCUGGACAGACUGACUCACCGAGGCCACGAACUCACACUGCUGAGCCAAGAAAAGGAGGCUCAGUCCAGACGAACCAAAGAAACAGCCACAGAGUCGGGUGGUUGGGAAAAAGAGUAUGAUUCCUGUAUGGUGCUGGAAAGGUUGCAGCAGACAACAGCGGAGCUCCAAACCUCUGCAGAUCAAGUGAAACGAGAGUGGAAAGCAUGGGAUCGAUGGAGGCCAGAGGGAGGUUGUCUUUGCCCCACUGGGGCAAGUGGUGUGUGGGGAGAUGGGAUAACUGCCCCUCUGCCCCUGACUGUAACCUACACAACAGAGGCAGAGCUCCAAGAGCUGGAGAAGCUGCGAAUGAGGGUGGCACUGCUUCAGCAAGAGAUUCACCUGGAACAGGUUCUGUUGGACUCUCUGUCCCCUCAGCUUUCCUCUACAGCACCUGGGCCCAAAUGCCUCAACCCCAGUGUUCUGAGAGACAUGUACUCUCUUCUGGCUGAAGGAGGGCAGCGUUUCCCUGCAAUAGUUCUGGACUCUGAGCCCGACUGACAACCCAACAUCUUACUCUGAGCUGCCAGUUUGUAAGCUUAGCGACAGGUAUGCAUACAUGAGGAACCUCUCAGUGUGCUGCAGUCCAAUCAUACCCCUCCGACAUGCCCAAUAAAACAAGAACAUUACAAAAUGAUGUGACCCUGAAGGUCGAGCAGGUGCAUCUGCAGGAUGGAUGGACAGACAGUUGUACCGAAGUGCCAAGGCUGAAUAUUAGUCUUUGAAUCAAGAAUGAAGGUGUUUAUUAAGCGCUGCAUUCUUUCAGUGCCUGAUGCCAUGUAGUGACUUAAAUGAUGGAAAAAUACAAGACUGUGAUUGUUUAUCUUU